AGGAAGUCCAGAAAGGCUCGGAAGGCCAAUCUCACGUUUUAGUAAUGUUGUAGGUGCGAAAGAAAUGACUGGAUUUUCGAAACUAUCGCUGCGCAACACCGCAUAGAUUGUCUCUACUCAUGCAGUGACACGUUGCGUAUUUUUUGAGUUGUGAAGUUGCGUCAGUCGAGCUAGCUUGCAAAUCAUGGAUGAUGGGAUAGUUAUGAGAAAGCCCUGCACACUUUUCUCGGUACCUGUCUUGACCUCUGUUAACGUUGCACUUAUCUUUUGUAAAUAAUAAAGCGUUGUGUUUGCAUGUUGAUGUAUAGUUAAUCUUUUAGCAUUUAUGCACAGUGCGUUCUACGCAAACUAACUACUUAACUCGCUGGACAGCAUGUUUCAGAAGACGUCUUUUACGACCCUAAUUGUUGGGGUAUUUGUGGUUUACGUGUUGCACACCUGCUGGGUGAUGUAUGGCAUCGUAUACACCAAGCCUUGCGAGCAACCCAAAGGCGAAAAUUGCAUAAUUCCUUACCUCGCAGAAAAACCAAGACUACAGCUUAGCGUCUACACAGCGCUUAAAUCAAAUGGCGAAGGUGGCCAUAGCCUCAUUCUCAAGGUUGACGACUUUGAUGUACAUUCCCGUAUUGAGAGGAACGUGAAUGUAUCCCUGCCGAAGAAAACACGGAACAACGGGACGCUGUACGCCCUGGUGUUUGUGCACCAGGCUGGCGUGUCACCGUGGCAGGACACCCGACAGGUGCACAUGGUGGCCCAGCUUACCACAUUCAUGCUGCCCAAACCCCCAGAAGUCAGCCUCAUCUCUGGCCAGGAUGCCCCGCAGCCAGAGCAGCAGAAGACCACUGGUGACACUCCGCCCAACAGGCCAGUGUCUCAUUGGCGAUCCCGCCUCACUUUAAACAUCGUGACAGAGGACUUCACCUUUGAUAGGGAGGCCCUGCCCAGUGACGUGCAUCGCUACCUUCGAGUGUUUCAAAGUGGAAAGAAGGUGGUGUAUCUCCCUCUGCUGUUUGUCGAUGAGCUUAGCAACCGAGUGAAGGACCUGAUGGAGAUCAAUAGCAGUACGUCUGAACUUCCCCUCACAGUGUCCUAUGAUACAAUUUCCCUUGGAAAACUCCGCUUCUGGAUCCACAUGCAAGAUGCAGUGUACUCUCUGCAGCAAUUUGGCUUCACUGAAAAGGAUGCAGAUGAAAUAAAGGGUAUUUUUGUUGACACCAACCUGUACUUCCUUGCACUGACGUUCUUUGUGGCUGCAUUCCAUCUCUUGUUUGAUUUCCUUGCCUUCAAAAAUGACAUCAGCUUUUGGAAAAAAAAGAAAAGUAUGGUGGGAAUGUCCAGCAAGGCAGUACUGUGGCGGUGUUUCAGCACAAUUGUGGUUUUCCUGUACCUACUGGACCAACAGACCAGCUUACUGGUGCUCAUCCCUGCUGGAAUAGGAUCAGUUAUUGAGGUGUGGAAGGUAAAGAAGGCCUUCAAAAUACAAGUCGUGUGGAAUGGCUUGAAACCAACAUUCCAAUUUGGAAAAUCGGAUGAAUCUGAGAGGAGGACGGAGGAGUACGACACACUGGCUAUGAAGUACCUGUCAUAUUUACUCUACCCCAUGUGUAUCGGAGGAGCUGUAUAUUCUCUCAUUUAUGUAAAAUACAAAAGUUGGUACUCCUGGCUGAUCAACAGUAUGGUCAAUGGGGUUUAUGCAUUUGGAUUCCUCUUUAUGCUACCUCAACUUUUUGUGAACUACAAGUUAAAGUCAGUGGCCCAUUUACCGUGGAAGGCAUUCAUGUACAAGGCAUUCAACACCUUCAUUGAUGAUGUGUUUGCCUUCAUCAUCACCAUGCCCACCUCUCACCGACUGGCCUGCUUCCGAGACGACGUCGUGUUCCUGGUUUACCUGUACCAGAGAUGGCUUUAUCCUGUAGACAAGAGCAGAGUCAAUGAAUAUGGAGUUUCAUUCGACAAGAAGCCCAAAGAGAAGACCCACAAAGACUAAUAAAUAUACCAUGUUGAAAUGAUGCAAGCAAAAGGAACCAAGAAAGCAGUGUUAUCUGUUUUGAAUGUCCACAGCAAUAGAAGAGUUGUGCUUCUGAAGGGAGCAUAGACACUGAUCAAGUGUUGACAUUUGUUACAGUUGACAGUGAGAAUGGGGGAAAAUUUAGCGCUUCUAAGCCCUACUCUACUCCACCCUAAUGUGCCCUCUCCUGCCAAACUUCACCCAUCCGAGGAUAGGCUUUCGUGAGAUAGCCCGCUCUCUGCGCACCAUUGCUUAGCUCGACCAGUGUCAGACCUUAAUUGCAUCCUGUAGAAGCAUGAAGAAGCCAUCACCGCCUGCACCUGCUCAACCCUUCCAGUAUGAGGCGCUCACUGGUCUCUCUGGACCCUGAGUUCAUACCGGAAUGUGUCCUUUCAUUAGUAAAAAUGCAGAAGAGCCACAUUAUUUCCUGACCUUGCAGAUAUGGAUUAUUUUCUUUUACUUAGCACAGUAUUGCAAAAUAAAAUUAAAAUGGUGCCAAACACAAUUAAAAUAAUGUGAUUUUUGUUGGAGGGAACUGAAUGUACUUCUUUUAAUUGUUGCAAUUUUUGAAUGGAUAAUAAUAACUAUAUGUAUUUCUUUCUUAGCCUCAAAAUUCAUGACUACUGAAAGCCCCCAGUAACUGAUGUUGUGGCAUUUUGAAAAAUAACUGAUCCUACUGUCAGAGAUCAUAAGGGACCCAUCUGUUGAUAAUUCCUACUUAUGUGCAUCUUAAUUCAUGUACCUCAUGUCAAUUUGUGUGUUAGUUAGCUUUUUACCUUAUGGCUUUUCCUUGAAAAUAAAAUACUGCCUUGAAUAUAAA